UUUUUUUUUUUUUUUUUGCCCGUUUCCUUUUUCAAUAUGUCCUUCCAGGUUCUUUCCUCUUUGCCUAAGUCUCAAGGAACAAAUGGCAAUUAGUGAUGCGAUUAAACGUGGGUCCGAUGAUGUCCCGAACCGGUGCGGGGGCUCUCAUAUGUUGUUGUGGGAAGAAGCCUGAUGAGUCCUUGAGCCCUCUAGAAGGAAAAAGCCGGGGAAGCUUGACCUUCAACCCUCUCUCCCCGUAAGAGCAGAAUCGGAAGGGACGCUCCUCCCACUCUCCGUGUCUCGAUUCUCUGCCUCCUCCAUGGCUCUCUCCGCCGUCGACGACCCGACCGAGGUGGCGGUCGUUGAGCGGGACCCGCCUUUGCUAAGACGGGGUCCUUUCCUCAGUGGUUGUUGCCGCUCCCCCUCGCCUACCUCCUCCGCCGCCAUUUUCUUCUUCCUCCUCUCUCUCCAGCCCGCCGCCAUUUACGGCACCGACGCGCCCGGAACGCCGGCGAGGAAGGAAGCCCACUUCGACCCACGAGUUGCCGCCCCUCUCAUCGCCGUAUUCUCUCUCCUCGGUCUGGGCCUCGCGAUGGGCGUGCUCACGCUCCUCCAUCUCUGGCUCCGUCGCGGAUCCAACGGAGCCGUCGUCGCCGGCGCUGAAGAUCAAGAACGCGGCGACGUUGGGAACGGCGGAGGCCCGAACGGUGUCGUCGGGAAGAGCGGGGCCAACAAAAGCGAGGGUGGGGAUGGGUGCUGUGCGAAGAAGUACAGGUGGGAGGAGGUGCAGGGGAUGACGAUGGAGUUCUCGCGGGCGAUCGGAUCCGGCGGGUUCAGCACCGUCUACUUGGCCACGUUGGACGGCUCCUCCGAUUGUGGCCUCGCGGCGGUUAAGGUCCAGUGCGGCUUUGGCGAGCGGCUGAGCCUGGCGUUCAAGCAGGAGCUGGAGAUUCUGCUCCGCCUCCGCCAUGAGAACAUCGUGAAGCUUCUCGGAUACUGUGACGACAGAGAUGCAGGAGCACUAGUGUUUGAAUACGUCCCAAGUGGAAAUCUCCAAGAGAAGCUUCAUGGCAACCAUCUACGGAGAGCCACCGUCCUCCCGUGGAGCCACCGGGUGUCGAUCGCCUUCCAACUCGCGCAGGCGAUCGAGUACCUGCACGAGAAAUGCGCCCUCCAAAUCGUUCACGGCGACGUCAAGUCGUCCAAUGUGCUGCUCGACGAGGACCUCAAUUGCAAGCUCUGCGACUUUGGGUCCGCGAAGAUGGGUUUCUCGUCUCUGGUCCUUCCGCCUUCCUCCUCGUCCCCGCGGUGGAAGCAGAUCAUGAUGGGAUCCCCCGGGUACACGGACCCUCACUACCUCAGGACGGGGAUCGCGUCGAAGAAGAACGACAUCUAUAGCUACGGGGUCGUAGUCCUCGAGCUCGUCACGGGGAUGGAGGCCUUCUGCGAGGAGAGAGGGCUAAUGCUGACGUCGAUCGCGGCGAGUUUGCUUGGGGAGGAAGGCGAGAUCGGCGCGGGGAGAGCGGCGGAGAUGGUGGAUCCGCGGUUGAGCGGGAAAUUCGAGAUAGAGGAGGUUAAGGCCAUGGUCGACGUAGCAAGAUUGUGCAUGCAGCAGACGCACACGCUCCGGCCCUCAGCUACGCACGUCUUGGAGUUUUUCAGGGAGAGGAUCCCGUCGGCGGCGUCCAAGCCGGGGCCGGAGAAGAAGUGUUUGAGAACUUGACGGUUUAGGACA